UGCACUACCGUGAAAUUUUCAAGGUAGACGAUGCCAUGCUGUAUGUGGCUCCGGACAGACAACUCCGAAACCAGGCAAGGCUCCAAAAUUUCACGUCGGCGAAUGAGGUGGUAAGGGCGUUCCGCUCAAUAACAUUGCCGAAACGAUUAGUAGCCAAGCAAUACACCGGAGAGCGGCUAAGGUGUUAUAAUUGCAACUGCUCUGAACAUUACGCGAAGGAUUGUAGAAAACCAAAGAGAUAUGCCGGUAAGUGUUAUGCAUGUGGACAGCAGGGCCACUAUGCAAUGGAGUGCAAGAUGUACAAGAAGGAGAAGAACAAUUUUGUAAGUUAUUUUAGGUUAUACGUAUUUGCACAUAUAAACACUUAUAUAUUUAUAGAGUGCCUAGUUGAUUCAGGCAGCCCGGUUAGUUUAUUGAAGCAGGUUGUGGUGCCCCCGGGAGUAGAGUUAGAAGAAGUAAACGAGACGUACUACGGGUUAAACAAAACAGUUUUAUGUGUUAUUGGGAAAAUGAAAUGUAUUUUGAAAGUCCUGAAUAAAGAAGUUUUAAUUGAAUUUCUAGUGGUACCGAAUGGAUGUAUUGGUUACACAACUUUGUUAGGUAGGGAUUUUAUCGAAGCAAGUCAUGCAAGGUUAAAAAUUGGAAACGCCGAGUUUUUGGACAGAGUAGCGCAAAUUGAGACAGUAAGUAGUGUAAACAAAGUAGAGGAAAAGUAUGAAACUGAAAAAAUUGUUAAGCAAGAGGGUGUGAACAAAGUGGAGAACAAUAACAAAGUUGAGACAACGUAUAAAGUUAAGGAAAUGGUUAAGUUACAUAUAACAAAGAAAGGUUCGUGCGAUCGAAGACAUCAUUCGAUUUUGAACAUUACAAAGAACGGACGUGUUUGAUUUAUUUUGUCGCCA